AUGCGUCCAGAGGGAGGAAAGCUGACCAUCUAUGUGGAUUGCGUAUCCCCUUAUUCCUGGUUUGGCUUCACCAACACCAUCCGCUACCGGCCACUCCUCAAUGCAUACGGUGUAUCUGUGGAAAUAAUACCGUUCUUCUUGGGUGCCGCCCGUGAUGGCGUGGGCAACCCUUUUACGCCAACUCCCAAAGCCAAGGAGGCCUUUGCAAAGCAAGACACCGAAAUGACCGGGGAGAUGCUCGGGCUGAAGGUCGUCCGGCCAAAGGAAUUCCCCAUCCUGUCUCUUUUCGCAGUUCGUGUGGCCACAUGGAUCAAAGACCACUAUCCGGCGGAGAAGUUUGAAGCGACCUUUCCGGCUUUCAGCACGGCAUACUGGAGUAAAGGCAUCAACAUCGCGAAGCCAGAGGGUAUCGUGAAAGCCCUGCAAGGCAUUUUUCCCGACGAGGAGAUCAAGGAAAUCAUGAAGAAGGCCGUCUCACCAGAGAACAAGCAAAGAGUGAUUGACCUGACCAUGGGAUCAGGUGCCUUUGGCGCGCCGUGGAUCGUCGCCGUCAACUCGGAAGGGCAAAAGAAAGAGUGGUUUGGGAACGAUCGGUGGGAUCAGGUGUUCUACCAUUUGGGAGUCCCGUUCACGCCGGUGAGGAUCAUUCCACCCGGGGAAGCAAAGGCCAAGCUGUGA